AUGUCGGACGACAGGCCCACGUCAAGCAUUGUGUCGAUCUUGAAUAACUACGAUCAUCCAUCUUUUGCUGUCCGCUCCAACCAGAAUCCGCCACAGACGAGCGGUUCACCUCAGAUUAAUUCGCAGCAGUUGACUCAUCAACCGUCCCCGCCGAUUUACGAACCUUCAGUUGUUCGGCAGGGCACGGCAUCUCAGUCACCCACUGCGUCCCCACGUGGCAGGCAGUAUCAUGCAGAAUUCACAUCAGACGCGGGACCAGUCGCCUCACCCGGUUCUUCCAACGGCUCUUCAUAUGGGCAUCUGAGUAGCCAGGGUUCAUCCAAUGCGUACCACCCUUAUGCACGGGGGGACGCUCAACAGGGAACGUUCCGUCAUCCGUCCCGAGGGCCGGCGGCACCGCGCACGCCGCCCGAGAUCCUGAACGAUCCAAGUACCGAAACCCAGUCCCCACGGUCCCAGUCCGAGUCCUCUCGUGGAACGGGACGGAAGAACAAGUACCCUUGUCCAUAUGCACGAAGCCAUGGAUGCACAUCUACGUUUACGACCUCGGGCCACGCAGCUCGUCAUGGCAAGAAGCACACGGGUGAGAAGAGCGUCCACUGCCCAAUUUGCAACAAGGCCUUUACGCGCAAGGACAACAUGAAACAACACAUACGUACCCACCGAGCUCGUUCUCGCGAUAAGCAUUCCGCAUCCGGAGAUGCCGAGUCGGACUCUCGAUGGGCCAAUCCUCGGUCCGACACCACAGAGGGGGCUCAAGCCUCCAGUCGCACGCCGAGUCAGUCGACGGUCACCAGCACAAUGGUGCCUUCGCCGGUCCCAGGACCUCAGCCUCCCUCAUGA